UAUUAUUUCAAGUAGCAUAUUCAACAAGAUAAUGGUAUUCGUGCUGAAUGAAAUGGAUUUUAUACUCCGUGGUUUGUUAAAUGCUCCUAACACUGGAGGGAAGAAGGAAACAAUAAAGAAUCUCAUGGCAACUAACUUAUGGAAUAAGUAUGGAAUGUUAAUGAAAUCAUAUCUCAGUAGCGCACUCCAUAUAUUAACCCAAAUGACAGAUGAGCAAAUGAUAUCAUUUACUCUAAAGCGUGUCAAGGCGUCAGCUGUUUUUUUAGCUGCUUUUCCUGCUCUCUUGAGGAAGUAUAUGAAGGUUGCACUUCACUCUUGGGGCAGAGGAAGAGGUGCUCUUCCAGUUGUUUCCUUUCUGUUCAUGAGAGACUUGUGUGUUCGACUUGGUUCUGAUUGUCUUGAUGUAUGCCUUAAGGGAGUCUACAAGGCUUAUGUUCUAAAUUGCAAGCUGUCCAAGUCCAUAAGUAGAUCAAAGUUACAGCAUAUACAAUUUCUUGGAAAUUGUGUGGCUGAACUUUAUGGUAUAAAUCCUCUAGCAGCGUAUCAACAUAUAUUUAUGUACAUACGACAAUUGGCAGUGGUACUUAGAGGUGCCCUCACGGAAAAGGGAACAAAGGCAGUGAAAGAGAAAAAUCAACAAGAAAGCACAAAGAAGCAAGUUCAGGCAUAUCAGAAGGUCUAUGAUUGGCAGUUCAUAUUUUGCCUUGAAGUUUGGACUGGGGUUAUAUGCGCAUUCAACUUGGAAGCUGAUUUUCGACCUUUAGCUUACCCUUUAACACAAAUAAUUUAUGGAGUAGCAUCUUUGGUACCAACUGCUCGAUAUUUUCCACUGCGGAUGCGAUGCAUAAGAAUGCUAAAUCGCAUUGCUGAAGCAACUGGUACCUUUAUUCCUGUGUCUUCCCUUCUUCUUGAUAUGCUGGAAAUGAAAGAACUUAAUGGUCACCCUACUGGAGGUGUUGGUAAAGCAAUCGAUUUGCUCUAUGUCAAGCAGGUAGACAAGACUACACUAAAGACGCAUUUAUUCCAAGAAGCUUGCUUAUACAGUUUAGUUGAAGAACUCGCUGAACAUCUGUCUCAGUGGAGCUAUUCAGUGGCCUUUUUCGAAUUAUCAUUUAUCCCACUUGUUCGGUUACGUAGCUUCUGCAAAUCAACAAAAGUAGAUAGGUUACGAAGAGAAAUAAAGGAGCUCGUCCGUCAGGUUGAGGCAAGCUGUGAAUUUACGAACUCAAGACGGACAAAGAUUGAAUUCUUGCCUAAUGAUCCUGCUUCUGCAUUAUUCCUUAAGGCUGAAAAGGAAUCUGGAGAUAGUCCUCUUUCCAAAUUUGUCAGUUAUUUACGCCAGAGAUCAAAACAAAGGAAUGAUUCUCUGGUGGAAUCUAGUGUUCUGGUUGGUGCAGAAUCUUCUGUAUUUAGGAAGAAGCUACCUGAACUCGAUGAAGAAGAUGAGCAAGAUCCUGAAGAAGGAGCUGCAGUCUUCAGCGCAUCCUGGUUGCCUGAAAAGAAAAAAAAAGUUAUCAAGGAAAAGACCUCAAAGAAGCGAGCAUUCGAGCGUGAUCGUGAUGGUGAUGGUGAUGGUGAUGGUGAUGGUGAUGAUGCAGAUGAAGACGUGGUUGAGGAUCUGGUUCUCAGUUCAGAGGAAGACGAUAAUGAUUUUGAUGAAGGCAAGGAUGGAGACGAGAUGAAUCAGCAUUCUGUCAAACAGGACAAGAAGCUAACGGCUUCUUCAUCCGAUCGGAAAGAAAGGAAAAAAAAGUCAGCAACUGAUUUCAAGAAACAAAGCAAGCCUCGCAAGAAGAAAGCCAAGAAGGCAGUUAAAACUUGAAUUGGAUGAGGAACAUCAUCAGUGUCGCUAAUUCUACGGGUCAGAAACAAGAUUCAAAGAUUCAUGCUACUUGUUGAAGCCUGCGGUAUGAGCAUUUAGGGAGCUAACUACACCGCCAUGUUGAGAUCUUGGUGACUUUAGCCUUCUUGUUUACUGCAUACAUGUGUUUCGUUUAUCAUAUAUAUUUCAGAACAAUGGGUGUGAGGAGGAUUCAAUUUCUAAAUGAAUUGUUAACAAGAAUUCUAUUUGA